CACACACACACACACACACACACACACACACAGGCCACACUUACACUGCUCAGACACUCAGUGCCCACACUUACACUUUGAGCUUUUAGCGGUGAGCAGCGGCAACAUUUUUUGAGGUAGUGAACUCAAGGGAGGCAAAGAAAGAUGGAGUUUGGAGAAAGUGUCCUCUGUGGAGGGGCUGAGCUGGAACUUGACCCCGACAUCGUCAGCGAAGAGGCAGGCAAACUCUACUCAGAACUCCAGACGGUGGUGGAGACCCACGGCUCGGGCGUGGUGGAGUCUCUGGUGCCGGUGAUGGUGUGGGUGCUCGAAGGCCUGGCCAGCUGCCGGGCUCAGCUGCGAGAGAGGGAGGAAGAGGCAGAGCGAGAGAAGAUGGAGAGAGAGGAGCUGAUGGAGAGAUACCAGAGUGAGAGAACUCUCAGGAGGGAGAGCCAGGAGAAAUAUCUGGAGCUGGAUGACCAGUUUGAGCAGGAGCGCAGGACCAUGAGAGGAAGAGAGAAACAGAGAGAGAAUAGAGAAAGAGAACUGGAGAAGAAAGCCAGGGAACAAGCUGACCAAUUGGGGGCCCUGGAGGAGCAGAGGACGGGCCUUUCGCGAGAGCUGAACACGCUGAAACACACGCACAACAAGUUUAUGCUGACGUAUCGGGAACUACUGGAGAAGAGGAAGGAGUCUGAGAGAGAGGGGUCCCCUGGAAGGAAUCACAUUCACUUAAAGAGUGUGGGGCAUUCUCAUGAUCAUAUAGAAUCCAGACCGGGUGAACAGAAUGAAUCGAAAUCCAAUGUGCGUUCCAUCCCCAUUCUACUGGAACCUCCAAUAACCAGGGACGACCAAGCGAUUGAUGAUGCCAAGAUGAAAUCCAUCAGUGAUCCUUCCUUCAUCAAUGACAUCAUAAGUUCCACCCCAGAGUUGAGCCAGCUGGCCCAGUUUAUGGAGUCAAGUACCCCAAUACACAGUGCUACAGAGAGCAGCACAGAGAACCACAACACCAGCCUGGAGGAUGAGAUGAUGGAGACAAAGGACGAGGAGACCACAGAGGAGAAAAUGGAGCGUAAUGGAGGGAACAGGGAGGAAAAUAAUAAGGAGGGAGCUGGGGAAGAAAAAGAAGAAGAAGAAGAAGAAGAAGAAGAUGAAGAUGAAGGCGGUGGAGGAGGAGGAGAAGAGGCCAAGAAGGAGAAGGAGGUACUGGAAGAAGAAGAGGAGGAGGUGGAGGAAGACUUGGAAAGUCUGGAGUGGGAGCUGAGGAACACGGACUCGGUCUUCUCUGAGCUGUCUGAGCUCAGCAGAGAAUACCUGGAGAGCGUGGACCAGGGGGCCAGCGUCCGAGGCAGCACUGACCAGUUUGAUGAGAUACUUUCUCAAUAUGAGGAACUAAAACGUACCCAUGAAAUGGUGGACGCGGCUAGGAAGGCUCUCAUCUGUCGCGUGGAGGAGCUGACCAAUGAGAGGUCGACUCUUAACCUAGAGGUCCGUUCCUCUCAGGAAACCAUCGCGCGAUUGGAAGGCAAGAUGAGGGAGAUGGAGGAGGAGACAAAACGAAUUCGCAAAGAGCUUGAAGCAACUCAGUCAGAUGACCCUGAGUCUGUGCCCGUGUCCCUGCGGAGGUUCUCUCGGUCGGAGAUGGCGCGGGUGGUCAUGGAGAAGAACCAGUAUAAGGAGCGUCUGUUCGAGCUGCAGGAGGCUGUGAGGCGCAGCCAGUCUCUCCGAGUCGCCAAAGAUGAGCGGAGUCCUAUAGAGGAGGAGAAGAGCAGUGUCUGGAAGAGGUUCAACCGUCUCUUUGGCCUUGCCAAGGACCCGUUGGCUCUGCCCACUUCUCUGGCAAUCAGUGUGCCCAGGUUGACGCCCACCACUCAGUCGCCCACAACGUCUCCACGGCGACUGACUAUCAGCGACACCCAGACAGAUGGCUCCUUCUCUCCGCGCGUGAGGAGGAGGGAGCUGUACAGAGAGAUCCGCUCUCACGUGUGGGGAACUCUGGGUAAACGACAGGUCCAUGGGUGGAGCAUGCCUCUAUCCCAUACCAACAUACAGGACUCUUCUGUGCUGACUCCUGAGCCCAAAGACGUGCCUGUCCUGGUACAGCUGAGACUGCUAGACCAAAAAGACGCCACAGCCAAGCUAACAUGUGCUGUUGCAGUCACCCCUGAGGUCGCCAAAGAGCAGAUAUGUUCCGUCUGGACUCUCUCUGGCCCUGCCUCCAGUAGUGAUGUCACAGUCAUUGACCCGGCUCGGUCCAAUACCAUCCUUGAUCAGUUCAGCCUCCCGCCCACCUCUCCUGCUCUGUGUAUCUGUGCAGUGCCCCCUACAGGAGACAGCUCUGGAACUGUCUGGAUAGGAACACAGGAUGGGGGUCUCCUGGUGCAUUCGGCCUCCACUUCUAGACGGAGGUGUCUUCAGUCAGUCACUCUUACAGAGGGGGUACAUUCUCUGACGUAUUCACAGGGUAAAGUGAUAGCCGGAUUAGCCAAUGGAAGGCUGGCUUUCUUCAGCCACACCACAAGUGGCUGGGAUCUCCAAUCAAAAGAGGAGAUGUCUCUGGGUUCACCACCUGUGCAACCCAUUCGCUGUUGCCUAGCAAAAGGGGAGGGAUUAUGGGUCGGUUACUGGAACAAGAUACACAUGAUCAAUAUAACAAGUCAGGAAGUAGAGAAAUCAUUUCCAGUGUCGGAGCGCAGUGAGCAGCAGGUGCGUUUCCUGUGCGCGGCAGGAAGUGGUGUCUGGGCUUCAUGUCGGCUGGACCCCACCCUCCGGCUCUUUGACUGGGCGACCGGGCGGCCUCUGCAGGAAGUAGAUUUGUCACCCAUGGUGACCAAAGCACUAGGUGCUGGUUUCCGGUCCCUGUCUCCUCUCCAGGUGUCUGCGCUGGCCGUGAUCUGUAGCCGCCUGUGGGUGGGCACGGGCAGUGGAGCCAUUUUCUCUGUCCCCCUCACUCUCAGCUCCGAGUCAUCCAUCCCAUACUGCUCUCUGGCCUUGGCGCAGCUGUGUUAUCAUGGCCACCGACAAGCAGUCAAGUUCAUCAUCUCUGCACCUGGCUGUCAUACCUCCUCCUCAACUGCAGAGGGCAAAGAUUCAUCUGCUCAGCUUAUUUUGAGCGGGGGAGAGGGCUACAUUAAUUUCCGCAUUGGCGAUGACGCGAGUGAUGGAACAACUGAGAAUGCUCCUCAGCGCUCUGAACGCAGUCACAUGAUCAUCUGGCAGAGUGCCAGCCCUUCAGUACCCAACCCUGCCCUCUGACCCUAACCCCAACCCUGCCCUCUGACCUUCUCCUUCAAUUUGGGGGGGGGGGGGGGGAUGCUGUAAAACAUCUCAGCCUUACCAUCUCUUUUGCCUUGAGGUGGCGGGAGGGAGCUCUAUGACCACCCAGCUGCACAGUAUGCAGGGUCACUGCCUUAACCGUUAACUGGGGACUCUAAAUACACGACCUGCAAUGAAUAUGCAGUAAACCUACAUCUCAUGGCUUAAAAUUUUUUUUUUUUUUUAAAGCACCAUACAUGGCUCUCUGGAGGAUUAUGGAGGAUCUCUAUUCUUCUGAAUGUGUACUAUCUAUGCUGGUCCUAAACUGUCACUCAAGUGUAGACUUCCAGGACAACCAUAGGCUUUGGCAUGGUUGGAACCGGGCCCUAUGCUACGCAUGUUGUCGCAUGUUGUGUGCCUUUUUAAUUUGUUGUGAUGCAAGUUGCAGUGAAUUGGUCAGUAUUUACAUUUUUUCUGUUUUUCUCACACUGACAACCAGUCCUUAUCUGACCUCAUGCAAGACGAUCAACGUAAUCCUCUCAUGUGAAAGUCUAACAGUUGUGACCGACAGUAAUAUUCCCCCCAUGUUCUUCAUCGUCGACCCUGUCAUGUUUAUCCCUGCCCCAACAUGUGUCAGUUAAUGUGAGUAAGUUCAUCUUUAGCCACUCAGGUCAUAUCAGUUACCAGUGACAGUUGCUCCGUCCGUAAAUUUGCUCCAUCCAUUCUUCCCACCCUUAACGUUCGUACCUUGUACGAAUAGCUAAGUGAGUACGUUUCUGUGUGUGUGUGAGUGAGUUUCUGUUUGUGUGUGUGAGUUUCUUUGUGUUUGUGUGUGAGUGAGUUUGUGUGUGUGUGUGUGUGUGUGAGAGAGGGAAUUGCUUGAGACCAUCUGACAAUCAUCUGACUAAAAGUAGGAGUGUGAAAGAAAGAAUAAAUUAAUGAGCCACCACUGGUUGCGGAAAGGUGGAGGGAAGAGAGACUCAAUUGAGCAGUUGUAUGUGUGUGUGUACCUGAGAUAGAAUCUGAUGAAGUGGGACAAGAGCGCUGUCGUUCACUGGACCUCUAUGCAAAUGUCAAUGGAAUCCAGCCAGCUCUGUGCUUUGCAUGCAGAGCAACUGGGUAAAGGCACUUUAUUCUUGUCAUGCAUGUAAUGUCACCAUUUAUGCGUUAUGGUGUACAACUUCUCUUGCUGUCAAACUCUGCCAGUCGUCACUGUAGAAAAAGGCCCAGCACUUGUCACCAUUUGUUUGAGAGCCUUUGUGUAGUCAUAUACUCACUUCUACACAUCUGAAACCAAUGAUCAAAGUGAUAUUUAAUUGUGUGUCUGCUACGAAUUGUGUCCUGAAUUUAUGUAAGAGAUUUGGGGUUGUAAACCUCUAGUUUUGCAGUAUUUUCCAGUGUAUGUGGAGGGUGAGGGAGUAUGUUGUGUAAUUGUGACCCAUCUUUUGUGAUUCAGAUUUAUCAAACCAUGAAUGACCGUAUAGAAACUAUGAGAUAUAUUAAGGAUGGAAAAUUGUUUCUGUGUGUAUAUAUAUUCUAAUUAAAACCCUCUGUCUUAUGGUGACUGGUACGGUUAAAUAUCAGAAGCUGUGCAACAUAAUGCCUUUUUCUUUAAUAAACACACAAUUUUAAA